GGCGCUGUGGCGCACCUCCCCUGCGCCUUAAGGGCCUCCGCGUGGCGGGAAGGACCGCACUCACCACAGCCCCGGGCGCCCAGGAGCUCCGCGCGCCCGCCUUGCCCGCCUCGCCAUGGUGGCCGAUCCCCCCAAGCCCGACCCCAAGGCAGCCUCGGAGCCGGACCCCAGCCGCCGCUGCCUCCGGGCCAACGCGCUGGUGUUGCUGACCGUGGCAGCUGUGGUGGCCGGCGUGGCGCUGGGGCUGGGGGUCUCCGUGAGCCCCGAGCGCCGGGCCGCCUUCGCCUUCCCCGGGGAGCUGCUGCUGCGCCUGCUGAAGAUGAUCAUCCUGCCGCUGGUGGUGUGCAGCCUGGUGGGCGGCGCCGCCAGCCUGGACCCCACGGCCCUGGGCCGGCUGGGCGCCUGGGCCCUGCUCUUCUUCCUGGCCUCCACCCUGCUGGCCUCCGCGCUCGGGGUGGCGCUGGCCUUGCUGCUGCGGCCCGGCGCCGACUCCGUCGAUGCCUCGGUUGGGGCCGCCGGCGAUGUCCCACAGGCCAGCAAGGAGGUGCUCGAUUCCUUCCUGGAUCUUGUGAGGAAUAUCUUCCCUUCCAACCUGGUCACUGCAGCCUUCAGAUCUUACUCCACUCUCAGUGAUCGGAGCAACCAGACCCAAAUGAACGGGACUCAGGUGCAGUUGCCCCAGGGUAAAGAAGUGGAGGGCAUGAAUAUCCUGGGCCUGGUGGUCUUCGCCAUCGUCUUUGGCGUGGCCCUGCGGAGGCUGGGGCCUGAGGGAGAGCUGCUCAUCCGCUUCUUCAACACCUUCAACGACGCCACCAUGGUGCUGGUGUCCUGGAUUAUGUGGUACGCCCCUGUGGGCAUCAUGUUCCUGGUGGCAGGCAAGAUUGUGGAGAUGGAGAAUGUGGGGCAGCUCUUCACUAAUCUUGGAAAAUACAUCCUGUGCUGUCUGCUGGGCCACGCCAUCCAUGGUCUCCUGGUCCUGCCUCUCAUCUACUUCGUCUUCACCCGCAAAAACCCCUACCGUUUCCUCUGGGGCAUCCUGGCACCGCUGGCCACUGCCUUUGGCACCUCUUCCAGCUCUGCCACCUUGCCACUGAUGAUGAAGUGCGUGGAGGAGAAGAAUGGCGUGUCCAGGCACAUCAGCCGCUUCAUCCUUCCCAUCGGUGCCACGGUGAACAUGGAUGGCGCGGCACUCUUCCAGUGCGUGGCCGCCGUGUUCAUCGCGCAGCUCAACCGGGAAUCCCUGAACAUGGUGAAGGUCAUCACCAUCCUGAUCACGGCCACCGCGUCCAGCGUGGGGGCAGCCGGCAUCCCCGCGGGAGGAGUCCUCACCCUCGCCAUCAUCCUGGAAGCCAUCAACCUCCCCGUCAAGGAGAUCUCCUUGAUCCUGGCUGUGGACUGGCUAGUGGACCGGUUCUGUACCGUCAUCAACGUGGAAGGUGACGCUUUGGGGGCGGGAAUCCUCCAGAAUUACGUGGAUGGUACAAAGUCACAGAGCUCUGAACCCGAGCUACUCCAGGUGAAGACUGAAGUACCACUCAACCUGUACGCGGUCCCCACAGAGGAAGGGAACCCCCUCCUCAAACAGCCUCGGAGCCCCAGUGAGGAUGCUGCCACCUUCGAGAAGGAAUCCGUCAUGUAAUUCCCGGGAGGGCCUGCUGGGGGUGGAGGGACACUGGACAGUGAGGUCCCUAAGGGUAGAUUCAUGGACAAAUCGCAGUUCUAGGAGAUAGUCGGGGCUCCUGGAAAUUGGGGACCUUGUUGCUGAACUCUAUGUACUUGUAGGAACCCGGAUCUCCUGAGUCCUCAACUCUUGUCUCCACCCAAAGCGAAAAUAUUCUGCCCCAACCCAGAGCUACACAGCUCUCCCCUGGUGCCUGGCCCCAUGACUGGCACAAGUGGGUGAGAAUUUUUACACUUUUGAAUGAGGAUGGCCGGGCCUCGUCAUGUGGGCUGUAACAGUGCCUUUAGCUGUGGUGUGUGUGUGUGUGUGUGUGUGUGUGUGUGUGUGUACGCGCGCACGCGCGUGCGCAUGUAGGGGCGGGCUCACGCGGUGCUCUGACCACCAAACCCUCCAGGGUACAUCCCAUAAUGUCCCCAGGCCAUGUACCUCCCACUGCUACCCCCAAUAACAAACACUCCAGGAACUCUGGGGGAAAGACCAAGAAAAAAAUACUAUCCCUCCAGAAGACACUAUUUGGCAAUAAAAUUAUCAAGUGUAUUUAA